AGCUUUAUUAUAUUUCAGCUCACAGCGCUUAUAACUGCAGAAUGUACACCUGAGUUUAUCAUCAAAGUUUUUUCUACCGCAAUGUUUUUUGGUGUUUACGUAAUUAAAUAUUAUUCUUUUUGGAUGAAUGCUCAUAGUGUAAAAUGUUUACUAGAGCAAAUUCAGAAUAUUUGUGAUGAGUUAAAAGACGAAAAUGAAAUUGCUAUUAUGGAAAAAUAUGGAAGUAAUGCAAAGUAUUUUACAACUAUAUCGCUCGCUAUUUGCGGUGUAUUUAUUGCCAUUUUACUGCCAAUUUGGCCACAGGUUCUUGGUAGUGAUUUACAUAUAAACGAAUCUCAACCACGCCAGACAGUGCAAAUCGUGACUGAGUAUUUUGUCGAUCAAGAAAAAUAUUUCUAUUUAAUUUUAUUACAUAAAAACAUAGUUAUUUGUAUAGGGGCAACUACAUUGACAGGAACAGGAACAAUACUCGUAGGAUAUGUUAUAUAUGCAUGUGGAAUGUUUCGAAUGGCAAGUUAUCGCAUCGAAAAUGCAAUGACCACUAAAAUACUCAACAAUAUUAAUCUGGAAAAUCAAACUAUAAUUUAUAAACAAAUCAUUGAUGCUGUUGAAAUUCAUUGCAAGGCUAUAAAGUUUUCCGAAUUUUUAACAUCUGCUUUUAAAGGCUCUGUCUCCUUAUUAGUAAUAAUUAACGUGAUUUCUUUGAGCCUGAAUAUUUUUGGAAUUUUUCGAAGUGCAUUGCUUGGAGAUAAGGAAGCAUUUUUGUUACACGUGUUAUUUGUGUUUGUCAUUCUUUUAUAUAUGUUUGUAGCUAAUUAUGCCGGCCAAGAAAUUAUAAAUCAUAACAAUCACAUAUACUUUUUAGCAUACAAUAGUCGAUGGUAUAUAGCACCACUACACGCACAGAAGUUAAUACUUUUUAUAUUACUAAGAGGCAGCAAAACUGUAAAUCUUAAUAUCGGCGGACUGGUUGUGGCAUCUUUAGAGUGUUUUACCAUGCUAAUAAAAUUAUCAAUGUCCUACUUCACCGUUAUGUAUUCUAUGCAAGAGUAAUGUAGAAG